AGAGAGCCCAUGCACGAUCCCCUGGUAGCGUGCAGCCCGUGCCAGUUCGCCUGUCUCUGAAUCUGGCUCGGAACCUUUGAUUCACGAAUUUGUAAUUUUUUAUUCGCUUGCUGAUGUAUCAACCACCAUGUCGCGUCGGAAGCAGGCGAAGCCGCAACACAUCAAGUCGGACCAGGAUAUAGCAUUAUCCGCAGAGAACGGAACUCCACAAGAAGGGCAUGAAGAACGAAUCAUUAAGAAUGGGGAUGCUCAUGUCUGUGGCCGAUGUUGUGCUGAGUUCUUUGAACUGCCUGAUUUCCUCCGUCACAAGAAAAAUUGCACUAAGAAACAAUUGGUUCUGAUUGUAAAUGAGAAUUCAACAGCUCCUUCAGAAGCCUCCUCUCCAAGAUCUCCUGAAAAUCCUGUUGAAGAAGCAAAUGACAAAAUUAAUAGUAUAAGUCAAGCAGACUGCAAUGACCUUGUAGAGCAUAAAAAAGUUGACCAGGAAGAAUCCAUGGAGGUGGACACUUCCAGCAUCACUAGCAACAACAACAUUAGCAGUUCUAACAGUAAUAACAAUAGUAAUACAAGCAGUAAUUAUCCCACAAUGGGUACCUCAGCUGUCACAACACCUCUACCUCAUAUAGGUGAUCUAACAGCUCUGGGAAAUUUCUCAAUGUUAAACAGUAAUGUGAUCAUUGAAAAUCUUCAAAGUACUAAAGUGGCUGUAGCCCAGUUCUCCCAGGAAACAAGAUCUAAUAGUGCAUCAAACAGUAAAGUUGCUGUUCCAGCACUUAUGGAACAACUACUGGCUUUGCAGCAACAACAGAUCCAUCAGUUACAGCUUAUUGAACAAAUCCGUCACCAGAUAAUCCUAUUGGCUUCCCAAAAUGCAGAUAUUCCACCACCAGUCAACUCUUCCCAAGGUACUAUAGGAACUGCUGUUAAUCCAUUAACUACGCUUAGUUCACAUCUAUCUCAGCAGCUUGCUGCUGCAGCUGGGCUAGCACAGAGCCUUGCCAGCCAAUCUGCCAGCAUCAAUGGUGGAAAGCAACUUCAUCUACCUCAGAGCAGCCCUGGAAGCACUGUAGCUCAGCCUGGCAGUAGUUCUCCAAAAGUAAACACAUCCUCAUUGCCUAGUACCAUACAGCCCUCUGAAAGUGUAUCUACAAAUACCAUUAGUGGUUCUCAGUUAAUCAGUCCUUCAGUAUCAACAGUGUCCACACCAGCUCUUGGAAUUAGCAGUUUACUAAGUCCUGCGUCCAGUUUGUCCAGCUCACUGCUACCUCAAACCUCCACGUCCACUUCUGUGUUUUCCACUCCUCUCUCAAGCAUCGAAACGACUUCAGGAAACCUUGGCUCAAUGUCAGCUCUGGUAAAUCAAAGGAAAGGCAAACCACCAAAUGUGGUAGUAUUUGAGACUAAAAGCAGCUCUGAUGAGGCUUUCUUUAAACAUAAGUGCAGGUUCUGUGCUAAAGUGUUUGGAAGUGACAGUGCCUUGCAGAUUCAUUUGCGCUCCCAUACCGGUGAGAGACCAUAUAAAUGCAACAUUUGUGGUAACAGAUUCUCCACAAAAGGAAAUUUGAAGGUCCACUUUCAGAGGCACAGAGAAAAAUAUCCCCAUAUCCAUAUGAAUCCCUAUCCAGUUCCAGAACAUUUAGACAAUGUUCCAACUAAUACAGGUAUUCCAUAUGGAAUGUCUAUACCACCUGAAAAACCCAUAACAAGUUGGCUGGAUAGUAAACCUGUAUUACCUACAUUGACCACAUCUGUGGGUCUACCACUCCCAUCAACCAUAUCAGGUUUGUCUGCUAUUAUCAAAUCAGAGGAGUGUCAGUCUAUCUCAGUUAAUCAGUCCUCUUGUAGCCCUCCAGGCUCAGUCAAGAGUGACUUGGGAGCAACAGAACCCUCUGUGAAAAAUGCUAAUGAUUUGGAUGAAGUGGAAGAAAGUGCUUCACCUACCUCAAAUGGUAAACUAGAUGAAAACACACAAUCUAUUAAUUCUGUCACCAGCUUGGCUGUCCCUGUCAGUUCAAGUGCAUCUGAUUCAGGUCUAAGUACUACUUCUGCUUUUACAAGCCCACUUAUACCACUUAUGUCAGAACAGUUUAAGUCAAAGUUUCCAUUUGGAGGUCUCUUAGAUACUUUACAGGCGUCAGAAACUUCAAAGUUGCAGCAGUUAGUGGAAAAUAUUGACAGGAAGAUGACGGACCCCAACCAAUGUGUCAUUUGCCAUCGUGUUCUUAGUUGCCAUAGUGCACUGAAGAUGCAUUAUCGUACACAUACUGGUGAAAGGCCCUUCAAAUGCAAAGUCUGUGGUCGCGCAUUCACUACUAAGGGAAACCUGAAGACCCAUUAUGGUGUUCAUCGUGCCAUGCCACCAUUGAGAGUUCAACAUUCUUGUCCGAUCUGCCAGAAGAAAUUCACAAAUGCUGUUGUAUUGCAGCAGCAUAUUAGAAUGCAUAUGGGAGGCCAGAUUCCAAAUACUCCAGUUGCUGACAACUAUCCUGAAUCUAUGGAAUCUGACACAGCUUCAUUUGAAGACAAAAAUUUUGAUGAUAUAGAUGAGUAUUCAGAUGAGAAUAUGGAAGAUUGUCCUGAUAGCAGUGUACCAGAUACACCCAAAUCUGCAGAGGCAUCUCAAGGCAGUUUAUCUCCAUCUCCAUUGCCAUCAGAAAUGUCCAGUAUUGUAGCUCUUGAGAAUCAAAUGAAAAUGAUCAAUGCUGGUCUUGUUGAGCAACUCCAAGCAAGCCUCAGGUCAGGUGAGAAUGGAUCAGCUGAUGGAGACCAAAUGACUAGUGACUCUUUUUCAAUGCUAGGGGAUAUGGAGAGCCAAAGUGCUGGAAGUCCUGCCAUUUCAGAAUCUACCUCUUCCAUGCAGGCUCCAUCCCCAACCAACAGCAACACAGAUAGUCGUAGGUCAAAAUCACCAAGCUGUGAAGAGAGACAGCACAGAACUCUACUAUCAGAUUUAUCUAAUUCAGUGUCUCCAGCAACCACCAAUGGUGGUGCCUUAGACCUGACUUCCAGUAAUGCAGAACGAAUAAUUAAAGAUGAUGCUUUAAACAUGCUAUUUCCCACUCGAGAUCGGGGUAAGUUAAGGAAUACAUCUUGUGAUAUCUGUGGCAAAGCAUUUGCUUGUCAGAGUGCCUUGGACAUUCAUUACAGAAGCCAUACCAAAGAGCGUCCAUAUAUUUGCACAGUAUGCAAUCGUGGCUUUUCCACUAAGGGUAAUUUGAAGCAGCAUAUGUUGACACAUCAGAUGCGGGACCUUCCAUCUCAACUGUUUGAACCCAACAAUACUAAUGUAGGUCCUAAUCAGAGUUCUUCAAAUGUGGCUGCUAACAGUUUGACAUCCCUAAUCAAAACUGAGGUUAAUGGUUUCAUGCAUGGGUGUUCCCAGGACUGUAAAGACCCACCUGCUAGCCUUAUUUCAUCAGGGCCGCUGUCUGCAUCUGCUAUCUCACCUGUCCUUCCAGCACCGCAAAGAAGAACUCCGAAGCAGCAUUACUGCACAGCAUGUGGUAAAACGUUCUCCUCCUCCAGCGCUCUGCAGAUACAUGAGAGAACACAUACAGGAGAAAAACCAUUUGCCUGUACUAUAUGUGGAAGAGCUUUUACCACCAAAGGCAACCUGAAGGUUCAUAUGGGGACACACAUGUGGAACAGUGCCCCUGCGAGGCGAGGACGGCGUCUUUCAGUAGAUGGUCCCAUGGCAUUCCUAAGCGGAAAUCCCAUUAAAUUCACAGAAAUGCUUCAGAAAGAUUUGGCUGUUCGGGCUCGUGAUGGAGACCCUUCUUCAUUUUGGAACCAGUACGCAGCAGCACUAACAAAUGGCUUAGCGAUGAAGACCAAUGAGAUAUCAGUGAUUCAGAAUGGUGGACUUCCUCCAAACCCCGCUAGUCUGGGAAAUGGUGGCAGCUCACCAAUCAGUGGUUUAACAGGGAGCAUGGAGAAGCUUCACAAUACUGAACUUAGUGCACCUCUAGCUGGUCUGGAGAAAAUGUCAGCCACUGAAAAUGGAACGAACCAUAAAUUCACCCAGUUGGUAGAAGACAACAAAGAAAUUGUAUCAAACUGAAGUGACAGUCAACAUUCCAACAAUGGAAGUAAUCUGGGACGUCUUUCAGGCCAAUGGACCAAAGUGUUGUGAGAACACCUUUUGUACAAUGCCUAACUUUUAGUGUUGUAUGAAAAACUUAUUUAUUAGUGAUAACUUUGCUUUGCAAACAAGUUGCAAAUGUAAACUA